AUGACAAACCCAACUCCCGAUUUUAGUGCGCAGAUCAAGUUUGGUUCCAUUGGGGACACCGCCCAGUCCUUUGGCAAGUUGACUGUAGUCCCUACGGCUUCUGAAACCGUGCUAUCCGACGCGCUCCUGUCUCCCGAGAUGGACCCAAAGGCUUCCUCUAACAACGACGACAACACAAAGAAGGUGGUCCACAAGAAGCCGAAGAUUUCCUUCUUGGUGGAUGCCAAAGACGAAAUUGUGGAACAAGUCCAUGAAUAUUACUUCCCGGCAAACUGCGAAGAAGAGUGCUGGUGGACCGACGAUGAACUCGAUCAACUGUUGACCGAGGCCAUGCUGGUCGCUGAGCACUUUACCACAAAGCGCAAGGACUGGCAGAACAAAAUCAAAACUGUCCUCAAAGGAUGCGCGGGUGGAAAGUCCAAGGACGGCAAGCCUGUCAAGAUCAAGGCAUCAGAUCUAGACUUUGUAGUAGACAGCGAAGCAAGAGGAUUGGAACUGUACAUUCAUCCCAUUUUUCAAAAGAACCGAGUAAAGGCCGUCAAAGGAGUGGUCAAAGUACAAGCGGAGUACAAUGCUUGCGAGAAAAAGAAGGGCAAGAAGGAUCCAGAAUUGCGAUUAAAGGUUUUGAGGGCACAGUCCUUGAAGCUGACGCAGACAGCACGCACCAUGGCCAAGACUAUGGCGGACGGCGAUAGACGCGUGGCGCAGGAUGGCGAGGACCGCAACGAAGCAAAUAAUGGACUACUAGCUGGAAUUCCUCCCGGUGAAGAGGUGGUCCCAUCGGAGGAACUGCGAACUCCCUCGGCAGAGCUGAAACCAGAAGAGUUUGAAACCCCACCACCUCGACCAAAGAGAGGCCUUAGCCCCAUGAGAAGAAGUGAUCGUCCGACUGGCUUGGCAGCUCUGCGCGAUCAAAACAACCGACGGAUGUUAGGAAAAGGCUCUGGCGGCAUUACUGCGCUACAAGGGGAACUGCAAGAUCUCUCAGAUCACAGCUCUUCGUAG